GGAAAACAUGUCUGCCGGUGGACGUGUGUAUUAUUGAGGAGUCUCAGUAGUAGUGCAGGAACAUUUACACAUCGAUUUAGUAUUCACUAUGUCAACAUCUGGGUAAUUGUAAAGCAUAAAUAAGUAUUGCGUUUGCGUUUUUUCAGCCUGUAAAAAUGAAUACGGUCUUUGCGAUCACUUUGGUGUUUGUUGGUUGCUGUAGCAAUGUUGUGUUUUUGGAAUUUUUGGUGCGGGAUUUCCCUGGAUGUGGAAACAUUGUCACAUUCGCCCAGUUUGCCUUCAUUGCAUUUGAAGGAUUCAUUUUUGAGACCAACUUUGGACGCAAAAAGCCACAGAUUCCCAUCAGUAAUUAUGUGAUCAUGGUGACCAUGUUCUUUACCAUCAGCGUGAUCAACAACUACGCUCUCAAUUUUAACAUUGCAAUGCCCCUGCAUAUGAUCUUCAGAUCCGGAUCUCUCAUUGCUAACAUGAUACUCGGUAUUAUCAUCUUGAAGAAAAGAUAUUCCAAGAGUAAAUCUCUCUCCAUCGUGCUGGUGUCUAUGGGCAUUUUCAUCUGCACUAUCAUGUCGGCCAAACAAGUGAAUGUUGAGAAGGGGGCCACAGAGGAAGAUGGAGUUCAUGCCUUCCUGCAUUGGCUUCUUGGUAUCGGGAUGCUUACUUUUGCCUUGCUGAUGUCUGCUAGAAUGGGUAUUUUCCAAGAAACUCUGUACAAACAGUAUGGCAAACACUCCAAGGAAGCUUUAUUUUACAAUCACUGUCUGCCAUUACCUGGGUUCCUCCUGCUGUCGACCGACAUCUACAAACAUGCCGUGCUCUUCAGUCAGAGCACUCCGGUGGAAAUCCCUGUGAUUGGUCAGUCCAUGCCAGUCAUGUGGUUUUACCUGCUGAUGAACAUUAUCACCCAGUAUGUUUGUAUUCGUGGUGUGUUCAUUCUGACGACGGAGUGCGCGUCACUCACGGUUACGCUGGUGGUGACGUUACGCAAAUUCCUGAGUCUCAUUAUCUCCAUCCUGUACUUCCGGAACCCGUUCACGGCCUGGCACUGGGUGGGCACAGCUGUGGUGUUCCUGGGAACAUUGCUGUACACGGAGGUGUUGUCCAGCGUUCUCACUGCAAUCAAAGGAGAGAAAGCAGAUAAGAAGGCAGAGUAAACUGUAUAGGAAGACCAGUGUAAUACCUCCUUAACCCCUAUUUGAGUGUGUGUGUCGUAUUACGUUUCAUUUGUAAGUUCUUGCAUUCACCAGGAAGCUCUUAAAGGGACAGUUCACCCAAAAAUGUCAUCAUUAACUCGCCCUCAUGUUAUUCCAAACCUGUAUGACUUUCUUAUGUUGAGCACAAAAAGGCUGUAAAGCUUCAAAAUUAUUUUAAAAAAAGCACUAUAAAGGUGUCUUGAAAGCAGUCCAUACAACUUGUGCACUAUGUUGCGUUCAUGAGAGAAGUAGCGAUAUAUCUGAUUUGUGAUCGAAUGAUCCUUUUCAGGCUCUUUUUAGUGAAUUGGUUGAUCCAGUUCACAAACUAAACUGAAUGAUUCAUUUAUGAAUCGAACUGAUCUGGUUCUCGAGUUCAUCUCAUCGAUUCAGUGAUUCGGUCAGAGUAGUUAACAGCUCACUGUAGAGGAAGAUAUUCAGUGAAUAAUUUAUAUUUCAGUUCAUAUUUCAAUAUAUAUUUUUGUUCCUCACCCACUCAAAGUUUUUUUUUGUAACUUUCACUAUUGUCAGUUUUUCUCAAUCCUCCCACGUUCAUAUUAUUCAAAAAAAUAAUUUAACCAAGGGAAAUUAAAUCCGCUGAGUUGAUUAAAUUAAAAACGUGUCUGAGUGGAGCUUGAGCAUAGGUUGAGGGCCAAUACAUUUUUAGUAUUCUACAAAUUGCUUCAACCAUUGAGCAAUUACUGUGCUAACCAUAGCAAAGUGCUUGAGCUGCACUCAGUACUGCUUCCCACCAGCGUGUAUUUAGCAUGCUAACAUUUACUGUCACUAGCUAGCAUAUCAUUAAAACUUUAAUUUGAGUUGUUUCGACAUGUUAAAUUUUGUUGGGUUUACUUGAUUCAGUUAUGUUCCCUCUACUUGAAAUAUUUAAGUUGAAAUUACAUGGUAAUUUUAAUUUAAGAAAACUCAUUUCAAACGUGGAACCACUGUCCAUGAUUGAAUUAAGUUCAGCCAAAAAGUUAUUUUUUUUGAGUGCCCAAAGAUGCUUUUUACAAGGUAUUUAUGGAACUUUUAUGUCCUUUUUGAAGCUUGAAAGUCUCAGUCCCUGUUCAGUCUAACCGCAUGAAAAGAGCGACUAGUAGGAAUCUUCAGAAUUCCUUCUUUUUUGUUCCACAGAAGAAAGUCAUACAGGUUUGGAACGACAUGAGGGUGAGGAAAUGAUGACAGAAUUUAUUUUUUUGGGUGAACUAUUGCUUUAACAGUUUUGAGCCAACUUAAUGAGCUGUUUUUGAGCCAUGCAUAAGUUUGUUAUAUUGUGUGUUGUUCAGUGUUUUCUUUCUCUGUACGCACAAUUCAUGACCUGUUUUGAGUGCAAAGUUUGAUUUUUGUUGAGGUAGAAACCCUCUUUUGGUCCCUGGAACCAUUUUUACAUUAAGAAGGUCUCAUGUCAAGAUGACUGAUAAAAUGAUAAAAUAUGUAAUCAGAUUUGACACUUGGAGCUUCUGUACAGGAUUUGUUAACAUGAUUGUUAAUGUUCUCUGAAAGUUAUUGGUAUUUAUUUCAUUUUAAUUUUUCAAGCACAGCCGGUUUCAUUGGUAGGCACCAGAACAGUAAAAGUGGUCCUACUUUUUACAAAUAUCUUUAUUCAGUUGUAAUAUUAAAGUAAAUAAGACUAUAAAGAAUAAUGCAAGACUUGUAUGUAAGCAUAUUUUUAGAACUGUACUUCCGCGAGUCAUGUUUCAUGCACUAGUGCUUCAUUCGGGGAGUUUUAGGGUAAGCUAAAGCAAUAUUGUAGAAAAAUAGACUGCCAAUACUGUGGAAAAUAUCCACAUAAAGCUGGGUUUGUUGUGUAAGGAUAGUUUAAACAAGGAACCUGGCAGAUUAUUAUCCACAACUUAACAUUACACAAACUCACAAACUGAAGAAAAUCUUCAAUAUGAAUUAUCUUGUGUUUUGUAUUCAGUGGCGUAGUCAAGGGUGGGCCGGGGUGGACCUGGGCCCACCCAAAUUAGACGCAGGCCCACCCAGAAUAUUAGAGAUUAUUCUUUGACUUCAAAUAUAUAUUUUUAAAACAGUUUUAAAAAAUAGAUACAUUCUAAUUUCUGAAAGUGUGAAGAACUGUUUGAAUGUGCCGCUUCUCUGUUAAGGAAAAUUUGGUUAAAAAAAAUUAACUAUUCUAACCAAAGUUUCAGCCAAAAUACCAUAGGUACUAAAGGUCUUGUUUCUGCCUUAAUUAACAAGUUAAUAUAGAAUCUUAUUCAAAUAGUGCUUUUUUUUGUUUUUCAUUUCUGCAUUGAUUCUAGUGGUGGCUAAUGGUCUACUAAGUUGCCUCAGUUUUAUUGUGGUAAGAAACGCUGGAGUAAAUAUGGGUUUUAUGACAGAAACUUUGUAUUUAUAUGGUAUUUUUUUGUAAGAAAUUAUGACUAAAGAGAAACACAAAGCUGCAAAAAUAAAGAGAAGAAUGAACCAACAAAAA